GCCUAGCUCUUCACUUUAUAGGGCAGUUAACAUCUUAAGAAGUAUAUGCCCACUCCCUUUCUAAGGCUUCGAGAGAGAGGAAAAAUGGAACAGAGGUAAUAUUAUGACCAAUCGACUUAAAGAUGUACUUUGUUAAAUCAACACGUGUGUUCAGCUCAGGAAACGAAUCCCCAUUAACACACCAUCUCUGCACAGAACGUGGAUGGACGCAGCGCUAUAAAGACGGUAUUUAUUGGCUCCAAGUUAGCUAGUGCACGGCCAGUGAUUGCAGGAAUAAAGUUUGAUCUUUAUUCAUCGACAGAAAAGAAAUUCAAGUCGUAAAUCUCAAUUAAUUCUUAACUCAGAUUUAGAUCCUCUUAACAUGCUAGCAAGGCAGAGAUACAAACAUAGUAGUUCAGUUUAGUGCUAUGAGGACGGAAAUUAUUGGCUCAAAGUUCGUCGUUGCGCUAGUAGUAAUUAUAGGUACAAGCUUGCACCUUAGUUCAUGAACAUCGGAUUGUGAUACCCAUCAGAUGGCAACAUUAGCUUAAAGUUCUACUUCUUGUUUCUAGAGGCUCCACUGACUUCAAUCUUUGGAAGAGCACCACAGAUGAAAUACACCGAUUUCCAAGGUGACAUAAUUUUAUUGGAAUUGAUUUUUGGAAUACUGCAAGAAUGUCUUCGACUUAUUUCGGAUGAUCUGACGGAGUAAACUUCCCAUUUGGUUUAUAGUUUACGAACGUUGUCUAUAACAUUUCCACUCAAUAACGUCAAUUUCUUUUUUAAAGACUUUUCUGAGGAACGCAUUCAAAAGACACUUGCAGAAGUAAAAAUGGACACUUACCAGAGCAUACUGUUUUUGUGUUACUAAUGUGCUAGCUGCAAGCUGAUUUAAUCACCGCUUAGCUAAUUAUUUUAAGGGAAUAUUAACUUGAACGGAGGAGAAUCUCAGAAAACAUGUCGGCAUCGGAUCUUGAAGCGAAUCUCGAUUUGGAUGCUACCGAUAUUAACCCUGACGUAGAUCUCAAAAUAAAGAACAUUGACUUGAGUGUUGUCUUGGAAUCCCGAGCUCCGCUUAGAUGGGGGAUCUGUGCUACGGGCCUCAUCGCACACGAUUUCGUCGCCAGUCUCGUGGGCCAUGAACACCAGCAUGAAGUCGUCGCCGUGGCGUCUCGAUCGCUGGAUCGCGCGAGGAAAUUCGCAGAUGAAUUCAAGAUCGACACCGCCUAUGGAAGCUACGAAGAGCUUGCGAAGGAUCCUAAGAUAGACAUUGUCUACGUCGCCUCAAUUAACACCCAACACCGCAAGCACUGUCUACUCUUCAUAGAGCAUAAGAAACACGUGUUAUGUGAGAAGCCUAUGGCACUAACAGUACGGGAUGCACAAGAGAUCCUCAGAUCGGCAAAGCAACAUGAUGUCUUCUUUAUGGAGGGAAUGUGGACAGCUUUCUUUCCAGCGUGCGAGAAGAUCCGCGAAAUCAUCACAUCCGGGCAACUUGGUGACGUCAGAGCUCUUCUGGCGAACUUCGGCCAGAAUAUUUCACACGUAGAACGCAUCUCGAAGAAAGAUCUCGGAGGAGGUGGUCUGUAUGAUCUCGGUGGAUACCUGGUCUAUUGGGCUAUCAUGGUGUUUGGUAGAGCUCCUGUAUCAUCAUACACUCAUGGAUUCCUGAACACAGACGGUGUGGAUGAGACCUACACGACUACAAUGCUGUACCUAGGUGGCGCUAUAGCCACGCUCACGUGCAGCACCAAGGCGAACUAUCAGAAUGACGUCACAAUAGUGGGCACAAAAGGACGAAUCAGGAUUCCAAAUAACUUGUGGCAUCCAUCUAGCUUUGAAUGGAUCAACGACGAAGAGGAGUCGACUUUCUUUGAGUUCACCUAUCCCCUCUCCGAUCAGUCGUAUCAAUUCGGCAAGGAAUGGUCGGCGAUGUUCUACGAGGCUGAGGCGGCCAGACAGGCAAUAGCGAGAGGUAUGAAGGAGCACCCCCUGAUGAGUUGGAAAUCUUCUCAGCUCAUGGCUCGACUUCUAGAAGACGCGAGAAGAGAUUUACGUGUGAAGUGGAACGAUGAAGACCUUCCGUGAAACCUGGGCCACGCUAUCGAGACUGUUUUUAUACUACUUUUCUGGGCCUGGUCACACUCGCCAUCAGUUUAGAAAGGAAGGAUAUAAUACUUAAUGUCGAUCAGAGGUAGAACAGAAGCGAGUAAAACAAGUUUUGUGUCCAGCUUGUGACGCAUUGUUAUUCAUUAUUUGCACAAAAGCGAAGUUUCAUUCGUAACAUUACGGACUUUUAGAUUUGCACGUCGACAUAGUGGACUGCUACGUGUGACAUCAUUUUAAGGCAAUGUGAAAUCCUUU